CACAGGUCACAUCAAUUAUUCAGACACCUUUAGUUUAUAACACAUAUAUUCCUUGCUACUUUUGUUACUUUCUGGAAGUGGAAAUUUCUCGCGAAAUUUACUUUCACUUUCACUUGCACACAUGUCUUGACAUUUGUUGUGAGUGUCCACAUUUAUAAAUGAUAUCGCUAAUUAAUGCUAUCCUUUUCUUUUGAAAGAAAUAUUGAUGAUUGAGAAUGGGACUAUGAAUUGAUCUUGCAGAAGAGCGGAACUAUGACUGGACACCGGACAAUGAUCUAUAAAACAAUAUCAGUUUAGUGAAUUAAUGACACAAAUUCAUGUGAAUACUGUUUGUUCAUUUUUUGCAUGAACUUAGAGUUUCGGUCAAUAUAUUGGAUACAAGAAAUAAUAAAAUGUUAUUAUGCAGAAUAUUUUUUGAAGAAAACAAAACAAUAGGAGAUUGAUUCAUUGAGUUAAAGAAUGGAAAUUACGGAAUUAUUCAUAGCAAUAGUAGUGACAGUUGCCGUUAUCAUAGUUACAACAUGCUUAUGGUUGAAGGACUCGCAAAUGGUCAUAUGGUUCAGUAGUAAAAUUAUAUAUGGAUUGAGUGAAUCAUGGAAGACGAUUUUCAAACGACUUGGUAACAACACUAGCUCAUUGACAGAAGCAGAAGAUAACUUUUUGAGGAUGUUCAGAUUGAUGAGUAAUGUUGCGCCUAAGGCAGUAAGAGAUACAUUCGAUCAACAUUUUCCUCCAUCAAAUCUUGCAUCCAGACUUGCAAAAGAUAAACUUUUUAUAACUCAGAAAUUGUUCUACACCAAAGUUAUCAACAGGAAACAGAUGGAUCUCUUAUAUCCAGCUUCAGGCAACACUUCUUCGGAAAACUAUGACGUGACACUUAUGAUCUGUCUAUUGAGAAAUUUAAGUACAAUCGUUCCACCCUCCAACGGAUAUGACCAAAUGCCACCAGCGACAGAAAUCAGUGACGGGUCUGAUUUAGCCAGAAUCAAAUACUACAGAAAUCAAAUCGUUCACGCUGAGAAAGAUGAAAUAGCAAAGCAAGAUUUUACUAUAGCAUGGGCGUGCGUAUCUAAGGCAAUAGUAAGACUUGGUGGAAUUACAUACAAAUCCGUGUGUGACGAAGUGAGCCAAAUGAAUCUAAACAAAGAUAUCUUAACAUUUGUACGUCAAGAUUUAACAGAAUUCAAAAAGGAAAUUGGUUCAGAAUUGAAAAAAUUGGAAAACCAAACUGAUCAUAUACAGACAAACGUAACAAUGCUUAAAGAUGAUCAUGAAAAGUUCAAGGAUGCAGUAAAGAUUACAACAUUAGAUCUUUUUACAAAAAUAUCGGAAUAUGAAUUUCAAGAUGACCACAUAGAUGAACUGUCGUCAGAGUUUACCAAACAGAUACAAGAUCUCUCAACAGAAAUUAAAGAUCGAGCUGCAGAUACUAUUCCAGUGAAUAUAAGAUCUCAAAAUGACCAGUAUAUAAAUGAAUGGAUAAAAGAUGACAGCGAAUUUAUUGUCACAAGGGCAGCAAAACAUGUUGCAGCAUCUAUUCAGUUACAGAAUUGUGUUGUUGUCACUGGGAGUUCAGGGACUGGAAAAUCGUCAAUUAUUCACCAUGUUGCAUUAAAUUUGUUUAAACAAGAAGGGUAUGAAAUAAUUUCGUUAGUCACAGGACCUUCAGAUAUAAUACACUAUCGUGAUUUAAGAAAGAAACAAGUUUUUGUUAUUGAUGAUAUUUGUGGCAAGGAGACAGUUAAUAUACAAACAGUAUACACGUGGAAAGAUCAUUUGGAAAAAAUAGAAAAAAUAUUCAAAGCUGGCGAAAAUGAUAAACGAAUUUCUAUGUUAAUGCAUAAUAUUAUACCAGGGAAUCCGGCAAAACUACUUAUUUCUUGUAGACUACAUGUAUUCAAAGAUUUACAAUUCCAGCAACUUAAUUAUUUCGCAAGUAAUGAAUGCAAUAUCGUAUCACAAGAGCUUUGUCUCUUACUCGAAGAAAGAAAGCUAAUGAUAAAUCAGUACAUUUCAAACGAUAUGAGCAACCAUAUCGAAACAUAUUUGGAAAAUUUUGAUUUCUUUCCACUGCUUUGUAAAUUAUCCAAGGGAAAAUCCUUAGCUGACCUAACGAAGCUGUUCACAGCCCCAGUAAAUACUAUAAAAGAUGAAUUAAUGCACAUUAUAAGAUUUCACAACAAAAUUCCGUUUUGUGCUAUUGUUCUUUGUGUAUUAUUUGAAGAUGGUUUUAGUUUAGAUUUGCUGAAGCUUAAAACUUCAUCUCAGGAUACAAUAAAGCUUAAGUCCGUGUGUGCAGAAUUUGACAUUGAUGUAAAAAAAGAAAUGUCCCGAACUGCGUUACGAGAAUGCCUUGCAAACCUAGAAGGAACCUAUUUAAAAAGGCGGGUAGAUAGGUAUACACUUAUUCAUGACAAAAUAUAUGAAAUUGCAGCUGUUAUUUGUGGACAACAUUUACAAGAAUGCUUUAUUAAAUUUGCGCCCAGUGAAUUCAUACGGGAUCAUUACAUUUUCGAAUCGUUCAAGGACAGAACAAGUUGUGACGAAAACUUAAUAGUUCUCUCAAAAGACAUGAUACACGAGUACUUUGUCAGACUGAUCUUAGAUUUGAAAAAUAAUGAUUUGAAAAGUAUAUUUCAUAAUAAACAGUUACGGUUUAGUUCAUUUAGAUUGCAGCUUCUUUCGUUUUUCAAACGUAACCUUGAAGUUACACGUUUACUGUUGGCAUUUGACAGACGCAAUAGACGUAUGUUCUAUGGGUAUUCCUCGGUGUCCACACCCACACCGUUAAUGGAAGCUGUCACAGAAGGAUAUGUAGACAUGGUUCUCUAUCUUAUUGAUAUAAACUGUGAUGUCAACGAAGUAGACAGUAAGGGAAGGUCAACUUUAUAUAUCGCAUGCGAGGGAGGUCAUACUGACGUAGUGAAAUUACUUUUGGAAAGAAAUGUUGAUGUAUCUAAACGUGGAUCAUUCGGAAUGUCACCACUUUAUUUGGCUUCAGAAAGAGGGUACACAGAUAUAGUUAAGUUAUUGCUUGAUAACAAUGCUGCGGUAUCGCAGACGGAUGAUUUUAAACAGUCUCCAUUUUAUAUGGCGUGUAAAGGAGGGCAUUCAGAUAUUGUGAAACUGUUACUAGCAAAAAAGGCUGACAUGUCUCAGCGUGAAAAGUUGUCUGGUAUGUCAGGAUUACUCGUGGCUUGUGAACUAGGACAUGUAGACACUGUAAGAAUGUUAGUAGAAAACAAUGCGGAUAUUUUGCAUUGUGACGUUAAUAAAAGAUCAGUAUUGUAUAUGGCUUGUAAAAAAGGAUUUACAGCUAUAGUAAAAUUGUUAUUGGAGAAUAACUGUAAUAUAUCGCAGUGUAAUAACCGCGGACAAUCCCCAUUGUCUGUUGCUUGCAAAAGUGGUUAUGUAGACAUUGUUAAACUUUUUCUUGAGAAACAAAUUGAUAUCUCCAAAUGUGACAGACAUGGACAAUCACCACUGUAUUUGGCAGUUCAACAAGGGCAUACAGAUAUAGUGAAACUUCUACUCCAAACCAAGGCUAACGUUUCCCAAAGAGGUUGGUCAAGGCAGACACCUUUGUAUGUUGCUUGUGAAAAAGGACAUACACCUAUUGUGAAAAUCUUACUGCAGAGUGGUGCUGAUGUCUCUCAUUGUGGGAAGUUUAGACUUUCGCCUUUGCAUGUCGCUUGUAUUGCAGGGCAUACAGGUAUUGUUAAAUUGUUACUAAAGAACAAUUCUGAUUUGCACCAAUGUGACAAAUUUGGAAAGUCAUCAUUGUAUCAUGCUUGUAAAGCAGGUCACUCGGUAAUAGUAAAAAUGCUAUUGGAAAAAAAUGCUGAUGUGUCUCAGUGUGACAAACACCAUCAGUCACCUCUAUUUAUUGCAUGUGAAGGAGGGCAUACAGAAUCAGUGAAACUCUUACUGCCAACGAAUGUUGAUGUCGCUAAACGUGACACUCAAGCACAGUCGGCACUACAUGUAGCUUGUCGAAAUGGACAUACAAGUAUAGUAGAAUUAUUGCUUGAAUCCAAAGCCAAAGUAUCUCAAUAUUGCUGGGCAAGGCAGACACCAUGCUUUUUUGCAUGUAAAGGGGGCCACAUUGAUAUUCUUACAUUACUCCUGAAAGAAAAUGCUGAUAUCUUGGAAUGCAACAAGUAUAAACAGUCACCACUUUAUGUUGCUGCGGAAGGAGGACAUACAGAUAUAGUGACCCUGCUACUUGAGAACAACGCCGAUGUCUUUCAACUUGACAAAAAUGGUCAGUCCGCUCUUUACAUUGCUUGUAAAGGCGGCCAUACGAAAGUCGUUGAACAUUUACUUUCUAACAAUGAUAAUGUGUCUGAAUAUGACCGAUGUUGUAAAGAGUCAUCAUUAUAUGCUGCCUGUGUAAGAGGACACGAAGCUAUAGUUAAACUUUAAUUUAAUG